UAACACGUCAUCACGUUCAGCCGACCGAGUUACGAGUUUUGUCUGACUCAUUUAUAUCAUCAUGUUAAAUCCUACAUACUUUAUUUUAUUAUCUUUUCUUUACAAACUUUGUUAAAAGCUUAUCCGGAGCGUGAGCAUUGUUGAAAUGUUCAUCAUGUACGUUUUUUUCGGUUUAUAGCUCGAGUGACGUCAUAGAACUUCCACGCCAGCGAUGAGUGAAACAUUACUUUUCUGUCUUUUACUAUUUUCUAUCACUAACUACUCGGAAGCUGCUUUUCUCAUUCAUGUCGACCUCGGAAGAACAGCAGCACGACUGGAACACUUCUGGAGAAGCACUGGCUUCUGUCCUCCCCUCCCUCACACCCAGGCUCACCAAUAUGACCUGGGCAUUGACCAGCAACAGAACCUGGCCUAUGUGGGUUCUGUCCCCCACGGAGGGAUCCAGCAGGUCCGAAUACACUGGAUGUUGGAGCUGGUCUCUGGACAAGAUAUCGGAGGCCAACCCCAGUACGAUUUUACAAAACUGGACCAGCUGAUUAGUCUCUUAUGGAUUAAUGGACUUCAACCAGGUUUUGAACUGAUGGGCAGCGUGUCAAACUAUUUCAGCGACUUUGAAGACAAAGUUCAAGUGUAUAAGUGGAAGAAUCUGGUUUAUCUCAUCGCCAAGAGGUACAUAGACAGAUACGGUCUGGGGAGUGUAUCUCAGUGGAACUUUGAAACAUGGAACGAGCCCAACAACCACGACUUUGAUAAUGUCAGCAUGUCAAUUCAAGGUUUCCUAAAUUACUACGAUGCCUGUUCGGAAGGUCUGCGGGCUGCCAGCCACCUGUUGAGGCUGGGAGGACCAGGAGACUCCUGUCACUCGGCCCCACACUCAUCAUACUGUUGGGCCAUGCUUCAGCACUGCUACAAUGGCACAAACUACUUUACUGGAGCAACAGGGGUCCGGAUUGACUACAUAGCCCUGCAUAAGAAGGGAGGAGGCCACUCCUUGCCCAUCCUUCAACAGGAAAUGCAGACAGUGGAGGAGAUCCAUCAGCGCUUCCCUCGGUUCCACAGCUUGCCCGUGUACAACGAUGAGGCUGAUCCACUGGUGGGCUGGUCCAGGCCUGAGGAGUGGAGAGCAGACGUGACCUACGCUGCCAUGGCGGUCAAGGUGAUCAGCCAGCACCAGGAUCUGAAAUUAGCAAACAGCACCAUGAACUACACCCUUCUGAGCAACGACAACGCCUUCCUUAGCUACCACCCGCACCCCUUCACCCAGCGCACGCUGACCGCUCGUUUCCAGGUCAACAACACCCGGCCUCCUCACGUGCAGUUCAUCAGGAAGCCCAUCCUCACUGUCAUGGGCCUGCUGGCUCUUCUAGGUGAGACGCAGGUCCUGGCGCAGGUUGUUAAAUCCUCAGGAGCCAAUGACAGCACAGUGGGAGUCCUGGCGAGCAGUCACCAGCCCCAAUUCCCCUGGGGCUCAGACAGCUGGCAAGGGACCGUGCUGGUCUACAACAGUGACGACAACCGCACCUCCAACAGCACUGAUGACGUCACCGUGUCAUUGCGAGGACUGGAGUCACACACAGGUGUGGUGUACGUCACCUAUCUUAUGGACAACAACGUGAGCAACCCGUAUCAACAAUGGCGGAACAUUGGCAGUCCCAACUACCCAACAGUAGAACAAUUCAGUCAAAUCCGGAACACUCAGGACCCUCUGGUUGACGGACCCUGGCCGGUGCCUGCAGGCGACACACUGACUUUGAAGGCAAGACUGUGUGUUCCCUCUGUGCUGCUGAUACACCUGUGUGCACGCUCCAAAGCUGCCCCAAACCAGGUCAACGGCUUACGCUUCAUCAAGAUCACCAAAGGCCAAGUCCUCAUUGUCUGGUCUGACGGCUGUGUGGAUUCCAAGUGCAUUCACACCUUUGAAGUGGAAUUCUCUGCAAGCCACAAUGACUUCAGCAGGAUUAAUAACCAAAACACCAUUUUUACAUCCUAUGUUUAUUCGCCAGUGGAGCAGCAAGUGAGCGGCUGGUACAGACUUCGAGCUGUGGACUACUGGAGCAGACCUGGCAUGUACUCGCUGCCUGAGAGGUACUCAGAGGACUUUUAGACACGGAUCACUUGACAUAACACAUCUAUCAUACUUAGUAGUGUUGUCCCCAUACCAAUAUUUUGGUACCCGUACCAACAUGUAUUUCCAUACUUUUCUAAAUAAAGGGGACCACAAAAAAUGU